AUGUCGAAAGCAACUUAUGAAAAUAUUAAUGUACAGGACUUCAAAGCCAGAUCGAAAUCGCCAAGACAUUUAGAUCCAAAUAUUAUAGUUGAAGAUUUUUCAGCAGUUCCAGGAACUUCUGAUACACUCAAUGUACAGAAUUCCAUCAGAUCGAGAUCAAGAUCACCACGAAAUCCAGAUGCAAAAAUUGAGGAUUUUUCGAAAGUUCAGGUAACUUUUGAAAAUCUCACUGUACAAGAUAGCUUCACAUCAAGGUCAAAGUCACCACGAAAUCCAGAUCCGGAUGCAAAAUUUGAGGAUCUUCCAGAAUUAAUAAAAACAAAAAUUUUAAACACAACUAUAGUUUUUCAAGGCGUUGAAAUAACUUUAAAUGAUGUUACUAAACAAGAUCUCUUUAUCCUCAAUCUCCUGACACCAAAAGAAAUCCAAACAAUUUUAUCUGAGGAUAGAAAAUUAAUAAUUGGACAAAUUUGCAGAAAUUCGUCAAAAUUUAAAUUUAUGGAAAGGAAAUUCAUCGAAUCCAAAUUUGAUGGUGAUGAGGACAAUAUAAAGACAUUUUUACAAGUUCAAGUGGAAUUAGAAUCAAGUAGACGACUUAUACUUGCUGAUGCUGCAGGCACAGGAAGGACAGUAAUUAUUGAGAAUAUUUUUAAAAGAUUAAAGGUUGUUUACCCAACAUAUUGGAUAGGAUAUAUAAGAUUAAAAAAACAUAAUGAAAUAAUGCAAGAAUAUUGUAAAUUAUUACGAGAUCCAACAAUUGAGGAAAUUCGAAAUUUAUUAAUUGACAUUUUAAAAAUAAAAUCUGAAUUGGAAAUUGAAUUAUUUACAAAAUUAUUAUUCACCAAUAGAGUCAUUCUAUUUUUUGAUGAGAUCGACGAAGUUGAUGCAAAAUUCUUUCAAUUUGCUUUAAAAAUUGUCUACGUCCUUAAAAUGUCAUCAGAAAAUCAAUUGUGGAUAUCAUGCCGUCCAAUUUACGGAAAACGACUUGGAGAAAUAUUAAAUUGUCCAGUUUACAAACUUGUGCCUUUAACAUGGGAGCAGAAGAAGGUGUACAUCAAUGAAGUCCUCAAUAAAAUGAGAAUCGUCAACGAUAAUUUUCGAGCUAAAAUCAUUGAAGAUUUUGAAAAGAUUCUCCGUAAUUCCGAGAAUCGUGAUGAUUGCUGUAAAAUUUUCGACAGUUUAUUCUUACUCGAGGCAGUCGUAGAACUCUAUAUAGAUGACAAAGUGUUUUUUUGGUCUGAAUCAUUCACACUUUAUGGAACGUUCGAGAAAUUCAUCAACAGCCAGAUUAAAAAAGUUGAUGCGAUUUCAAAGUCACAAAUAUGCGAUUCCAAUGAAAAUUUCACAUUGACAAAUGUUCAUCAAGUGUUUGCACUGAAAUUACUCAUCGGUGACUCGUAUGAUAAAUUAUACAGAAUAGGUCUUGAUGAGCUUUCAAUUUUAAAGCAGUGGGAAGCUGAAAAGUAUAAAUGGACAUUUGAGAAAAUCCAUCGUUAUGGACUGUUGACUAUUAACCUCGAUGAUCCAAAAGGGAAAAUAAAUUCAAUGGACUUUGCACGAAGAACUUAUGCUGAAUUUUUCAUAGCUGAAUUUAUUGUAACAUUCAUGUUUCGUCGCAAUCCCAACAUCGAAUAUGAGGUCGAAGAGAAUGAAAAAUUCUUGAAAAUUUUUAAAUUAGUUUUAGCAGAAGUUCAAGACUUUGAAAUGACUCGAUGCUUUAUCUUUAGUUUCGUAUUCGAUAACCUAAACUCUCGCAAAGUACCACUCCACGAUGAGAUGAGGACGGAAAUAUUGAAAAACAUUUUUAAAAUUCAUAAUGAAAUACUCAACUUUGUGUAUGGCAAUGGGUCAUUGAUUCUGUUAGAAAAUUGGUCGAUUUUUCUUAAAAACGAACCAGAACUUUUAAAGUUGUUGUGGCAUGUGGGCAAGAAACGAAAUUGCCUUGUAAAGCUUCUCUUCAAAGACGAUAGAAAACGACGAUUGGAUUUUAAAGAGCUUUUGGAUGUAAUCAGUAAAGUUUUUGGACCUAAUUGGCAUAAAAUCUUCAAUAAAAGUCGAAUGCCAAUAAUAAAUGAUAGCGACAUUGGAAAUAUUGAAGCAUAUGAAUGUCAAAAGUUUAAAGGAUUUAAUCGAAAUUUAGUUAAAUUUCUUGAUGUGGUUGAUAAGAAUUUUGAGAAGGAAGAGAAGCAAUUAGUUUAUAAGGAAUAUAUUUCAUCUUUUAAAAUUGUUCCAAUGGUUAAAGAGGAAGUAUUUAAGUUGAUUUUAAAGAAAGGAUAUGAAAUCUUUGACAAUACUGAAGGUUUAGCCGAGAUAAUUAUAAAAUUCCUUAAACAUUCGAGUAAUUUGUAUGUGCUGAUAUGUGCUGGACAGAGUGUUGAAGCAUUGCUGAACAAUGAUAUGAAAACAAUAAGAAGAAUUUUGUUUGGGCUGUUCCAGUACACUUUUCAUCCAUUGGUUGUUUCAUUAAAAUCAAAAAAUGUUGCGACAUUCCGAAUCUACAGAAGAUUGUAUACGAAGUAUAAGAAUACAUGGAAAGAGAUUCAAGACAUUCUAGUUAACACCAAGGAUAUAAUUCCAGAAAUUAUUGAGAACAUGACUAACGAAUUGUAUGAAGAGUUCCAAGAAUUUAUGGGUGAAAUUUUUCAUACGGAUCAAGAAAGGCUACAAGAUGUUUUAUUGAAUUAUUCUAACAAUGACAAAAAGUCUUUCAGCUUUGAAAGCAAAAAUCAAUUUGAGAAGUUUGUCAACUUUGUAUUUCUUGGACAUCAAGGAAAAAUCGAAUGUGCAAUGUCGAAUUUCUUUAAAAGGAAAAGUGAAGGCGAAAUUUAUGAAAAUUCUUCAUUUAAAAAUAUUUAUGAUACCAUCUAAACGAUUGAGCAGUAUGCAAACCAUCUAAUUUUCCUGACCCGUUGAUCAGUUCCUAAAAGCUUAGCUCACAAUAAUCUUAUACCUCAAAAUUGCUCUUAUACUCAAACUAGUGAAAAUAAUUCUUGACGUUCUCAAUUUGAGUUGGACCAGGUUUGGGGAAGUGAGCAAAAAUCAAGAAGCUUUACUUCUCAAGAGAAAAUUGUAUAAAAAUCCAUAAAACACUCAUCCCAGCUAACCUGAGGCAACAAUAUUGUCUGCAUUUUAAAAAUAAAUCACAAGUUAAUAAAUUGAAAUAUCCAAAAUAACACAAAGCUUAUAAAAUGUUCAAAAUACUUAAUCGUCAUGGAAAUCCAAGAUUAUUCAUGAAGUGCAUAUAAAAUUGCUCAG